CGUUUCCCUCUCCCCCCGCUCCCCUUUUGCUUCCUGUCCUGCUCCCGCUCUUCGCCCCGAGUAGAAGGUCUGCACCCUAAAGAAACUGUUUUCUCCCCUCCUCCGCUCGUAAUGAUGCAUGGGUUCGGUCGUGUUCUAAUAUUCUCGCUUCUUGAGGGAGAGCGAUCUAUCGAUCUCUUGUAUUUCUUUUCCUUCUUUUGGUAUUCAAGAACGCAAUUUAGGUUUCCCUUGUGAGGAUCUAACGAGAAAUUGCUUCUUGCUAAUCCUCGUUGUGCGGAUGUCAUAUUAAAAUACUUUGAUUGUUGCAUCAAGUGUUGGAUUACAAUGCCGUGAGGGACAGGUCAUCGUAACUCUUUAGGUUUCUUUGGAAGCCUGUUUGGAGAAAAAGAAGGUGAUGAUGGCUAAUCUCCACCUGUUGAGGAAUUUGCAUCUCAUGAUGUCGAAGCCCAUGUCAGUAGUUACUUGCACAGCUAUUCGGACUAAGUUUUGGUUCUGAUAAAGCUGUUCUUCUCUUUCGGCAGAGUCCUUGUUGCGUUCUUCCUCAUUGUUUUGGGUUUUUAGUCGUGGCAAAUGCAUGCCAACCAUAGCACCAAUAUUCCUUCAGGAGCUACUGAUCGAACGAUGAUACCAAAAUGUGAGUAUGUUCCAAAUUUGAUCAACUCAAGCAUGCAAGAAGAUGAGAUAUAUGAAGAUCCCGAUAGUCCUGCUGGAAAAAAGAAAAAAGCACCACGAAUCAAAGGUUGGGGCCUGCGCAGGUUCAGUACAAUAGUGUGUGAUAAGGUCAAGGAAAAGGGAAGAACUACUUAUAAUGAGGUUGCAGAUGAAAUUAUAUAUGAGUUAUCAUCCCUGGAGAAAAAAGAUCUGCAGUUUGUGUUUGAUGAGAAAAAUAUUCGGCGGAGAGUUUAUGAUGCAUUUAAUGUUCUAAUGGCAAUUAACGUUAUUGCCAAGGACAAAAAGGAGAUCAAGUGGGUGGGUUUUCCUUCUACGGAAACUGAAGAGUUGGCACAAAUUAAGGAAGAGAAAAUGAAACUGCUAAGUAAGAUCGAACAAAAAGUAAAUUAUCUAAAAGAACUGGAGGAGAAGUUUGGAGAUCUCCAUAAUCUUAUUUGCCGGAACCGAGUAGCACAUAAGUCGGCAAGUGUUUCAUCGGAAGGGAUAGCUCUGCCAUUUUUGUUGGUCCAGACGACUCCAAAGGCCACGGUCGAGAUUGAGAUCUCAGAAGACAUGCGGUCCGUGAACUUCGAGUUCAAUGGAACCCCAUUCACCUUGCACGAUGCUGAUUCCAUCCUCAGAGCCAUGAGGCACCCCACAUCAGUCGAAAGGGGUCAUGACAACAAUAAUUCAACAGAGAGCUCAGAAUUGGUCGCUGACCAAAAUUGUCAGAAGCUUCACCCUGCUUCUUCGUCAUGAAACUUGGACAGGUUCAGGAGACACUGCUUAGAAAGGAAUAGCAGAUAGGAAGUUUGGUGAUUCAAACAUAGGAUAGACAGAAGUCGAGGCAUUCUGUGCGUGUACAGUGUCCCUCAAUUUUGUAAACCAGAUGGUUUCUUCAUUGAAGAUCCUUUUGUAGAAAAUAUUUAACAUGGUUUUCGCCUUUGUGAGUUUGAUCAUGUUAAUUUUGCCUUA